AUGUCUGAACCCCACGCGCCGCCUCCUCCACCGCUCUACAAGCAGCGGUCGUGGUCCCCGGACGCAUACCGCGACGAGGCAUGGCACCGCCGCAAGAAAAUCAACGGCAGAUCGAACCUCCAGCGGAGCAAGAGCGUCACCGACGAAGAUCUCGACGAGUUGAAAGCCUGCAUCGAGCUAGGGUUCGGGUUUGACUCGCCCGAGUCCGAUCAGCGACUCGCUAACACUUUUCCCGCGUUGGGACUCUACUACGCGGUUAACAAGAGUUACUGUGACUCGGUUUCUAAUAAGUCUACUGGGACUCCAACGUCGCUGUUUUCGCCGACGCCGUCUGAGUGCGACUCGGUGCCCUCCCCAUCGGCAGCCCCCAUACCAUUUUCGGACCCGGAGAUACGCCGCAGACGGUGAAGACGCGGCUGAGGCAGUGGGCACAGGUGGUUGCUUGCACGGUGAGGCAGAGUUCGUGAGGUGAUUAAUGUACCAAACCAGAGUUAAGAAUGUAACCACAACGUCAACGUCAAACUUGUCAAUGAUUGUUGUUUAUGAUUCCAAAUUCCCCACCCCCACCCCCACCGACUUUGCUUGCAUGGAUUAAAAAUUAAUAACCAGAGGGAUUAAAAUUCUAAAAAGUAGUUGUUAAUGUGAACCAACUUGUACUGGGAAUGGAUUGACUUUUCGCUUUUGGUUUUUCUUUAGUUUGUAAUCUGGCAAUGUUCUCAUUCUAUUUGUCUGCUCUCUUUUUUUCUCCUUUAGUUGAAUUAGUGUCUGAAGGCAAAAAAAAGUCACAAUUCGAUGUUUGUUUGAAUGUUUAUGUCCGACACUUUGAUUCUGUUUGAUUGUAAUAACAAAUUAUAAUACACAAAACACUCCUACAA